GUUCUUUCGAGACAGCCCCCUCCUCCAGGCUCAGGGACCUGUCUGGCUGUGAGCUCCCAGGAGGUCCCAGGGGUGUGACCUCCUUCCCUCCCUCCCUCCCUUUUCCCUUCACCCCAGGCCAGCCCAGGGCCAGCUAUAAAGCUGGCCCAGCCUGGCUCUCAGCACGCCCAGCUGCCUAAGACCCUCCUUCAGUCUCCUUAGAGGACAGCUCCACUCUGCCUCCUGCUCCUCCAGAGCAGCACCAUGCGGCCCGUGUGGCUCUGCUGGGCACUCUGGGUGCUGCCCCUGGCCGGCCCAGGGGUGGCCAUGACUGGGGAGCAGCUCCUGGGCAGCCUGCUGCAGCAGCUGCAGCUCAGCGAGGUGCCUGUACCUGACAGGGUCGACAUGGAGGAGCUGGUCAUCCCCGCCCACGUGAGGGCCCAGUAUGUGGCCCUGCUGCGGCGCAGCCAUGGGGACCGCUCCCGCGGGAAGAGGUUCAGCCACAGCUUCCGAGAGGUGGCCGGCAGGUUCCUGGCGUCGGAGGCCAGCACCCACCUGCUGGUGUUCGGCAUGGAGCAGCGGCUGCCGCCCAACAGCGAGCUGGUGCAGGCCGUACUGCGGCUCUUCCAGGAGCCCGUCCCCAAGGCCGCGCUGCACAGGCACGGGCGGCUGUCCCCGCGCAGCGCCCGGGCCCGGGUGACCGUCGAGUGGCUUCGCGUCCGCGACGACGGCUCCAACCGCACUUCUCUCAUCGACUCCAGGCUGGUGUCCGUCCACGAGAGCGGCUGGAAGGUCUUCGACGUGACUGAGGCCGUGAACUUCUGGCAGCAGCUGAGCCGGCCCCGGCCUCCUCUGGUGCUACAAGUGUCGGUGCAGAGGGAGCACCUGGGCCCGCUGGCGUCCGGCGCCCACAAGUUGGUCCGCUUUGCCUCGCAGGGGGCGCCGGCCGGGCUUGGGGAGCCCCAGCUGGAACUGCACACGCUGGACCUCAGGGACUAUGGAGCUCAGGGCGACUGUGACCCUGAAGCACCAGUGACCGAGGGCACCCGUUGCUGCCGCCAGGAGAUGUACAUUGACCUGCAGGGGAUGAAGUGGGCCGAUAACUGGGUGCUGGAGCCCCCGGGCUUCCUGGCUUAUGAGUGUGUGGGCACCUGCCAGCAGCCCCCGGAGGCCCUGGCCGUCAAGUGGCCAUUUCUGGGGCCGCGACAGUGCAUCGCCUCGGAGACUGCCUCGCUGCCCAUGAUCGUCAGCAUCAAGGAGGGAGGAAGGACCAGGCCCCAAGUGGUCAGCCUGCCUAACAUGAGGGUGCAGAAGUGCAGCUGUGCCUCGGAUGGGGCACUCGUGCCAAGGAGACUCCAGCCAUAGGUGCCUGGUGUAUCCAUUGAAUCCUCUAACUGAACAUGUGCAUAGAAGUGGUCUUAAUGUAGGUCUUAACUUUAUACUUAGCAAGUUACCCCAUCCCCAUUUAGUGCUCCUGUAUGACCUUUGCCCUGUGUCCUUCCAUUUCCUAUAUUUCCUAUCCAUCACCCAUCCUAAGCACUUACAUGAGUAAAUAAUGCAGCUCAGAUGCUGAGCUCUAGUAGGAAAUGCUGGCAUGCCGAUUACAAGAUACAGCUGAGCAAUGCACAAAUUUUCAGCUGGGAGUUUCUGUUCUCUGGCAAAUUCUUAACCGAGUCUGGAACAAUAAUACCCUAUGAUUAGACAGAACUGAAUUGCUCUAUUAUAUGAGGAAUUAAAACCUUCAAAUCUCUAUUUCCCCCAAAUACUGACCCAUUCUGGACUUUUGUAAACAUACCUAGGCCCCUGUUCCCCUGAGAGGGUGCUAAGAGGAAGGAUGAAGGGCUUCAGGCUGGGGGCAGUGGACAGGGAAUCAGGAUGCCUGGUUUCUGGAUCUGACAGGGCCACAAGCUAGGAUCUCAAACAAACGCAGAAGGCUUUGGGUUGUCAUUUCCUCUUAAAAAGGAGGAGCUGGGCUUCAGCUCUGCUCUAAGACUUCAUUGCCUUGGGGAUCAGAUAGCUCCUACCUACCCCUGCCCACCCUUCUGGAGACUGAGCCUUGCCUGUGCAUAUUUAGGUCAUUUCCCACACUAUCUUAGAGAACUUGUCACCAGAAACCACAUGUACUUGAGUGUUUUUUGUUAAUUUAGCCAAAGCAAUUGAAUGUAGAUACUCAGAAGAAAUAAAAAGUGAUGUUUCACUC